UAUGCCUCCGUUGUGUGUCCGACCCAGCGUUGUGAUUGGGGGAAGUAGGGAGUGCUCACACCAUUUCUUGUCCAUUGACAUCAGCGCUCCACGCCUGCGCCCCCGAAUUCCCAAAUCCUGCGGCGCCUCCGCCCCAACCCCGCUCGUCGACUCCUCUCUUCCGAACACGCCGGAGGAAUCCUUCUCCGCGACUCGUCUUCCUCCUCUCUGCCGUGCUGGCGUGGAGUGGAGAUCCACCACCACCUGGAUUGGUCUCUUCUUCUGCUGGUUAGACGCUGAAUCUGUCCUUCAAUGCCUUCACAGGCUCUAUUCCUGAAGAAGUUGCAGAGUUAGAAGCAAUUGCCGUGUUUUUUAAUUGAAGGGAACAAAUUUUCGGGUCAUAUCCAGAUUGGAUACGGAACAUGCUGUCCUUUUGGGACCUUAAGAGAAUACAAAGCAAAAGGAACAUAAGGGUAGAGGACGGAAAUAAACAAUGGGAAAGGGUGAUGUGGCUACUAGGUCCAAAUCUCAAAAAUCGUCAGCAAUACAGAAUGAGCCGAGUACACCUGCUAACCCCCCCACAGCAUAUCCUGAUUGGUCUCAGUUCCAGGCAUACUAUAAUGCUGCUGGGACAGCUCCAGUAACCCCACCGGCUUUUUUUCAUUCAUCUGUAGCUCCAACCCAUCAGGGGCACCCGUAUAUGUGGGGUCCACAGAUGAUGCCUCCUUAUGGGACACCACCACCAUAUGCAACAAUGUAUGCACAAGGCACACCAUACCAGCAGGCACCCAUGCCACCGGGUUCAUACCCAUACGGUCCUUAUCCUAUGCCGUCACCAAAUGGGACAAUUCAACCUCCAACAUCUGGUGCUGGCGGUACAGAGACAGAUAGAUCAAAAAAUAAGCGGAAGACUCCCCUGAAAAGAUCAAAAGGAAGCUUAGGUAGUCUGGAUGUUGUUGCAGUAAAAAAUAACAAGUCAGCGGCAAAGCCUUCAGUUUCUUCCUCCAAUGAAGGUUCUUCACAAAGUGAGAGUGGAAGCGGGAGUUCUUCUGAAGGAAGCAGUACAAAUUCAAAAAGUGGUUCAAGGGCGAAGGAUGGUUCUGAGCGAGGUCAGGGUAAUGAUGCUAGGAGUAAAGGUACUCAAAGUUCUGCAGUUGAGCCCACACAACCAUCUUCUGGGCCUGUUGUGCUUAACCCUAUGAUGCCAUUUUGGCCUGUUCCCUCUCCCAUGGCUGGCCCAGCAACUACUAUGAAUAUGGGAAUGGAUUACUGGGGUACUGCUUCUGUACCCAUGCAUGGUAAAGUUAUUGCAGCACCAAUAUCAGCUCCUUCAUCAAAUUCACGUGAUAUUGUUCUCAGUGAUCCGGCUAUACAGGAUGAGAGAGAACUGAAGAGACAAAAACGUAAGCAAUCAAAUAGGGAGUCAGCUCGACGCUCAAGAUUGCGCAAACAGGCUGAAUGGGAGGAAGUAGCCAAUCGUGCAGAUUUGCUAAAGCAGGAAAAUAGUUCACUUAAAGAAGAAUUGAAACAACUUCAGGAGAAGUGUGAUGGCUUGACCUCAGAAAAUACAUCUCUACAUGAGAAGCUUAAAGCGCUUGAGGACGAGAAAUCGAAUGGAAAUUUGUAACAGGCUGAAACUUCUCCUGACUUUCUGACUGCUGAUAUAAUUUGGUGGUAACCUGAUACUGAUAGGACGACUGAGCAGGUGUUGAUGUAGGGUAUUAGAUUUUUGUCCGAGGGGUAAAGUUGUAUCAUAGGAUUUGACAUGGUCGACGGCUACAGAUUCUUCUUCCAGGUGCCUCAGCCCUCAGCUCGGCUGCUGUGCUGUGUUGUUUUUGUUUCCUAGUUGUGCUAGUUUCUACAGAAGUAGUAACAACUAUGUAGAACCCCCAGGCCCUUGUUUGAACCGUGGGGGUUAGCGAAUGGUACAGCUGUUGUAGAGCUGCUGAUUGAGCUUCUUGACAGCAACUGCAGCGUGUUGAAGGCAUCCAUAUUUGAUUUAUGAUUCACAAGCGGACUAAUUUUAUGUUUCGCA